AAAGUGGAAAAUUAAAGCAUCUACAAGCUGUACAGGCCAUAGUUAAGCUGAAAGCUAUUAAGAAUUGUCAACCUUUUGAAAUAACAAAUGCAGUGAAAGAAUAUGCAACAAAAACACUAGAUCUAGAGGAUUGUAUUAAAGAGUUAAAAUGUGAAUUGGACAUUCAUAAAGCUGUUGCUUUUCUUAAAAAUCAAAAAUACAAAGUUGAACAUUUUAAAAUUACUAGCCAAUCUACUGAGGGUCUUGUUUUCAUUUAUCCAAAUCAGAUUGAUAAUCUUGAGCAAUAUGGAUAG